UGAGCUUUUAGGGUUUCGAAAGGACCACCCAACACGACUCAACGCAUUUCGCAGCUCCGUCUUCCCAGCUUGACAAAGCGAUCGCUCUGACCCCUGACGAUUGACCUUUUCGUCUCAGCAAGGUGGAAAAUUUGGCAACUGGGUCGCUUCGACGCAACUGAAAUUGAAGCUUGCGAAGUCCAAAACCCGAACUGUGCUGGAUUGCAUUAACAGCGUGCAACCUCGUCAUCUCCUCCCGCAGACGUUUUUUGUUUGUUUGUUUGGUGACUUCCGCAGCUCAAGCUCUGUCGUGCUCAGUUCCGAAUUGUGGGUUUUGAGUGGCUGCAAGUAGCCGUGGUUGGUUUGUGAGUCCUGUCGGAGCUAUCGAGGGUGAGAAUUACGGGUAGUGGGCAGGUGCAAAUUGCGUCACGGGAGCAUUGGUUGUUGUUGUGGACAUGGAGGGCGUGAUGGAGAAGCUGCAGAACGAUAAAGCGACCCAAGUGGGCGUCGCAAUUGCUUUGGUGACGGUCGUAGCAGGCGCUGCCUUCCUCUACUUUAUGAACCGCAAGAAAACCGUUCUCAUUCCAGAGAAGUGGUUGAAGUUCAAGUGUGUGAAGAAAGAGCAAGUCAGUCACAAUGUGGUCAAGUUGCGAUUCGCGUUGCCAACUCCCACUUCGGUGCUUGGUCUCCCCAUCGGCCAGCACAUCAGCUGCAUGGGUUUUGAUUCCGAAGUUGUGAGGCCGUACACCCCCACCACCCUCGACACUGACGUUGGGUAUUUCGAUCUUGUUGUAAAGGUCUACAAUGAAGGCAAGGUGUCGGCCUACUUCGGUCGCAUGAAGGAGGGCGAGUACCUUGCUGCUAGGGGCCCCAAGGGACGCUUCAGAUACAAACCCAAUCAAGUUAGAGCAUUUGGAAUGGUGGCUGGUGGAACUGGCCUCACUCCUAUGUAUCAGGUUGCAAGAGCAAUUUUGGAGAACCCUCAAGAUCACACCCAGGUAUCAUUGAUCUAUGCGAAUGUUACUCAUGAAGACAUUUUACUCAAGGAUGAUCUUGAUCGAAUGGCAAAAGACCACCCAGACCAGUUCAAAGUCUACUACGUUCUGAACCAGCCUCCAACGGAGUGGAACGGAGGUGUCGGGUUUGUGACGAAAGAUAUGAUUGAGAAACACUGUCCCCCCCCAGCUGCCGAUGUUCAGAUUUUGCGUUGUGGACCGCCACCCAUGAACAGGGCAAUUGCUGGCCAUUGUGAAGCACUGGGAUACACCAAGGAGAUGCAAUUUCAAUUCUAGUACGGUUCCAAGUAUUGGUUGUAACAUGCUACAGUGGAACAUAAUUCAUGCAUUGUCAUGGGUUGGCAGGAAAAUAGAGCGUAGUGCAGAUGAUGACAUUGAUGACCAUAGUAGAUAACAAUUGGGUAACUGUUGUCAGUGCCAUAGAUAAUGUAGAGGCAUCGAUCUGUUGACCAUCUCAUGUGCGGACCUGUGCGGACCUAUUCUUUCCCUAUUUUUUCGAUAUACGUAACUGUAAGAGUCACAAUCAUUUAUUAUGGAGCUCAUUUUCUUUCAAGUGUA